AUGGAAUUUGAAGAAGAUUCAACUGCCUCAAAGAGAAUGAAAAUUGCUGAAAAUGAAGACCCUAUCACUACUAAGGUUCAAUUUUCUGCCCUCAUUGUUGAUGAUGACCCUCUCAUCCGCAAAAUUCACUCAGAAGUGUUGAAGUCACUUGGUUUCCAAACUCAAGUAGCUAAAAGUGGCAAAGAAGCUGUCGAUCUUUACCGUGCUGGGGCUAAUUUCGACAUUGUGUUCAUGGAUAUGCAAAUGCCUGUGAUGAACGGAAUUGAGGCAACAAGAGCUGCGAGGGAUGGGGUGAGUACGAAGAUUGUGGGUGUAAGCUCAGAGUGUUCGGAGUCUGAGAUUGAAGCUUUCAUCUUAGCUGGUCUGGAUUUGUACUACGCCAAGCCAUUAACCGAUGCUAUAAGAUCAUUCCUCUCGUCGAAGAUCUCAAAAUAA